CCUUAGUCCACAUGGAACAUUGUGAACAGAGCGACUUCUUAAUCGCCUUCUAAUCACUUUUGCUAAACAAUGAGCGGAUCGAUGUCGCUUUGGAACUCUCCGUCAAUUCUCCGUUCUCCGUUCUCCCGCAAAAAGGCUUUAGGAGGAGCGCUUCUUGUCGCUCUCAUUCCCACUUUCUAGACAGCACGUACAUAGACGACAGCGCCUCUACAAGUCGGUCUCGCUGCUGAGGGUCAUUGCUUGUUUGGUUGGGUCUGUCACAUACCCGCUCUCCGUCAACUUCGUCGCCAUUGAUCUCUCCCGACAUCGAGCCCGACUCGUUUCCUCGUCAGCAAUUCAGUCCAUCUGCAGAGUUCACAACAACCACUUAGAGCACUGAAAACGAAUACACAUCCCAUCAUGUCACUCCUCACCCGCCCCCGUACCGCAAGCAUAACCGGCCGGUGUCUGUCCUCCCUGACCGCCUCGAUACCCAAGUUGCGAACACCCGUGAGGUCGCUGGCGACCCUGGACCGCAACCCCAUUACUCAACGACAAUCAACCACUGCACCAACUGCACCUCCUCAGGGAGCUCAUGCUACGGCCCGUUAUGAGGUGCAAGUGUCGCCUGCGGAGAAACACGCGACGGGCGCUCUGAGGACGGACUGGACGAAGGAGGAGGUGCAGGAGAUUUUUGAUAGCCCUUUGUUGGAGUUGUUGUUUCAUGCGGCACGAGUGCACCGUAUGCAUCACGACCCUCGCCGAGUCCAGCAGUGCACACUCCUGAGCAUCAAAACUGGCGGUUGUUCCGAAGACUGCUCCUACUGCCCGCAAUCCUCGCGCUACAGCACUGAAGUCAAAGCCUCCAAGCUCCUCAAAGAAGACGUAGUUCUUGGAGCAGCGCGCAAAGCUAAAGAAGCCGGCAGCUCCCGCUUCUGCAUGGGCGCCGCCUGGCGCGACCUGCACGGCCGCAAGACCAACUUCUCCACGAUCCUCGACUACGUGCGCGAAAUCCGCUCCAUGGAUAUGGAAGUCUGCUGCACACUCGGCAUGCUGACCCCUACUCAGGCCGCUCAGCUCAAAGAAGCUGGUCUGACCGCCUACAACCACAACCUCGACACCUCCCGCGAACACUACCCCAAAAUCAUCACCACCCGCUCCUACGACGACCGCCUCGCGACCCUCGCCGCCGUGCGCGACGCCGGAAUCUCCGUCUGCUCCGGCGGCAUCAUCGGCCUCGGCGAAUCCGAAACAGAUCGUAUCUCCCUCCUCCACACCCUCGCCACCCUCCCCACCCACCCGGAAUCCGUCCCCGUCAACGCCCUCCUCGCCGUGAAAGGCACCCCGCUCGAAAACAACACCCCGGUGGAUAUCUUCGAAAUGAUCCGCAUGAUCGCCACCGCCCGCAUCAUCAUGCCCCAAUCCAUGGUCCGUCUCUCCGCCGGCCGCGUCCGCUUUAGCGUGCAGGAACAGGCCAUGUGCUUCAUGGCGGGCGCCAACUCGAUCUUCACGGGCGAUAAAUUGUUGACAACGCCCAAUAAUGUGUUUUCGGACGAUCAGGUUAUGUUUGAGAAGCUGGGGUUGGUACCCAAACGCGCCAACUUUGAGCAGGGGAGGACGAUGCAUACUGUUGACGAGGAGGCGUUCUUGGAUGUUGGAAGUGAGGCGGGGAAGAAGACGAAGGGCGAGUUGGUUAUUGAGGGGUGAAGGAUGGGACGAAAUGUGUUUGCUUUUGGCUACUCUGGUGUUCUUAGCAUAGAUCAGCUUUCCACAAUCACCGAGAUGACCCAUAGAUAGAUGACCGACGGGGUGGUUUUCUUACUCUCAUUCCGUUUCCGACAUCACCACUAUCGUCUUUGUGCAUUACCUUUGCCUUUCGUGCCCCUUUCUCUCUGUAUCAGCUUUUUCUGUAUAUAUCACCAAAACCCAUCCAUAUACAAUCUAACCGCUGUCAGUUAGCCUGACCCUGUCAUUUUCAUUUCCACCGCUGAGGUUUCCGG